AAGAUCAUAUCGUUACACCCUUCGAAAAAGCAAAAGCCAUUAACUAACAGCCGGUUUCUCCUAAAGAUCCUCAUUAGUCUCUUAGUCUGUUAGCGAUACCAUUGCUGACCAGAGGCCGAGGGGCUUUGGAGAAGUAUAGCGUUAGUUGUAACUUGCAAGCAACUAGUCCGAAGCCCGUAUAUCUCCAUCGGAUCCUGUCCCCCCCACCGCUACACCUGAUAGGCCGCCAAUAUCACUGUUGGUGUUCGGCUUUUGUCGCAAUAAUUCAAAAUUGACUUCGUAUCUGUCUGGUUCGGACCAUUGUGUUGAUACCGUCAUCGGCCCGCAUCCGUACCGUCAGCACCUAUUCGCAUCAUAUCGUUUCGAUCUUGACCCCGGUCUCGACGUUGACCUCGACCCUUGCCCUCCUACCCCCCUACUCCUCAUCAUCACACAUCAUGUCCCGGCCUGCUAAGUCAGUUGGUUCCGCUUCUGUUGGCUCUAAUGGUACCGGAUACUCGUCGUACGCCGGGUACGCCGCGUCAACCGAUAGCAACUACACGGUAGCUACCCAGUACACCAAUUAUAGUGAAGACGCCUAUAACAUGUUACAACCCCCGCCACCUGGGACAUGCCCUUUGCCAUGCGAAUUCGUUGGAAUAGGGAGUUGUGAUGUCCAAUUUCAUUACGAAGAUACAGAGGCGUGGAUCAACCACAUCAUCUCCGACCAUCUUCAAAACAAGCUUCCCCAAAAGGUAGACUGUUGGUUCUGCAACGAGUACUCUUUCGACAGCAAGGAUUCUCGAGGACCUCGCGGUGACCGUCUAGCGAAUUUCUAUAAUAGGAUGGAGCAUAUUCGCAGCCAUAUCGCAGAUGGCAAGACGGCUCUCGACAUGGUUCCGGAUUUUCAUAUGCUUGAUCACUUGCACAAGCAUAGAUUAAUUUCAGAGCAACGGUUUAAUGAAAUCAAGAGGGCAUAUCAUGGGCUGCCAUGCCCCCGUGAUCAUAUGAUUGGUAUUUUCACCUCCGGCUUUGUACCGCCAGAGAGGCGCCAGCAAGCGGAACGCUCGAAUAUGGUUCAAAUAGAUCAUGUUAAAGAAGAGAGGCAACGGAAGAAAGAUAGAAGGAAGAGAUGACUUCCUUAAAGGCAAAAUCAAUCGCCGUUUGCGGCGGCGAAUUGAGGGGAGGGAGUAAGGCUAUAAGCGCCCAGCAUACCCA